GUGACAUGUCAGCAGAAAAUCUCCAAUUUCCACCUCUCAUCUCAUUUCGUUUUCAUUUCUCUAUCCACUUCAUUUCUUCAUCAAACUUAUUAUUGUCCUCUAAGCAAACACAGAACUGCAAAGAACCAAUCACAUUGCAAAAUGGCCUCAGUUCCAAUGUCUAUGCCACUAAGUUCUGCAACCCACAAUAGGGUUCUCCAUCCAACAUCUGAAUCUUUAUUCAAGCCAUUGCCUUUAAGGCACUCAAAGACUCCUUUCUCUUCAAAGCCAAAGUCUAGGGCCAGGCUUCAAGUUCAGGCCUCCUUGAAGGAAAAGGCAGUGACUGGACUAUCAGCAGCAGCACUGACAGUUUCUAUGGUGAUUCCUCAGGUGGCAGAAGCUGCUGACUCCGGUGUCACCCCAUCUCUCAAGAACUUCUUGCUGAGCAUUUUAGCUGGUGGAGUUGUGCUUGUUGUGCUUGUUGGUGCUGUUAUUGGGGUUGCAAACUUUGAUCCUGUCAAGAGAAGCUGAGGAAAAUAUGGAAGUUCCCCGUGAAUUUUCUUACCAUCCCUCUUCCUCUCUUCUGUAUUAUCAUGGUUAAUGUAGUCACUUCACUUUACUAUAUAUAUCGGUAUGAAACUUCUGAAUUUGCAAAAUAAAUUUCUUCAAUUUGAAUAAUUGAAUGUUUUGUAUAUCUCAUGAAACAAUAGCGAAUAGAAAAACAGUGGAAAAGCCGAUUCUAAAUAAAUGGGAAUGGAGGAAUGCCUCAGAAUUCAUUAAAUUCAGAGAGAGCUUCUGACAAUUAAUGAUUGAUUUCUGU